UGCCUGCCUUGCCUGCUGCCUCGUUGGCGUGUUUGCGUUGCAUGCCAGCAUCACGCGCGCGCGCGCGCGGACGCACACACGCACGCACGCACACGCGCACGCACGCACGCACACCGGCUGGAGAGACACGAUGCAAGUCCGGCAGCUUAGGCUCCCACGUGCGGUAACCCCUGAAGGAGGGACACACAGGCUUGACCGUCACAUCCAUCACUAGUGGCUCUUUAGCGAGGCGGCCAAAGAAGGCUCCUGUGUGGAUAAAGGGCGCGCGUAAUGCCACCUUCAACGGCAGCGGCCGCGGUGUCAGAAGAGCAGGUGAGUGUAGGCUGGAGAGACCGAGGAGACAAACGCGGCAGCCGCCACGUCCGUGACUCCACAAGUGUCGGAGAAAUUGUGCACGUGCGGAAGGAAGGUUGCCCUCUGACCCGACAACUGUCGGGACUCAUCCUUCGCAGUUGAUUAUCACCAUCAUUAGCCAGGACGAAGGAAACAAAUUAGCCUAUCAUUUGCAUUCACACACGCACACACACACACGUGAACACUAAAAAAGACAAAGACCCCCCAGGUAGCCUCUAACGGACUGUUGGGGCAAGUGCUGUUAGCGAGCACCCGUUCACGCUAAACACUAACAAACACUCGCGCACACACACACGCAUUCAUACAUUCAAGCACUCAUACACACAAGCAAUCACAGAUAUACACACACACACUGACAAACACAAGUGUACAUACAACCACAGACACACACACACACAAUGUAAACACACUCAUACACACUUGCGCACACACACUCAACAAACACGCACGCAGACACCCGGCCCCCACACUCACACAACACACACAACACAUACACACAACACACACACAAAAACACACCACACACACAACACACACACAACAUACACACAAUACACUCUCUCAGCAGAACCCCUCCCCCCCCAAAAAAAAAAGUAUCAAAAAAGUCUAACCAAUACUAACUCUGCUCUCACUUUGAAAAUCAGUGACCUAUCCAUAAUCGCAGCUUACAUAAGCAGUCUUAAACGUGGAUUUAGGAACGCUGGGCUUGUGGCAGUGCAAUCUAAACCACCCCCGCCGCCUCCCUCCUCCGUUAUAAAGGCAGACAGCCCUGCUCCGGCUCUAGGUAACAGCAUCAUCAUCAUCAUCGUCGUCGUCGUGGGCAUGCACUUGGAUAUUCCAAUCACGGUAAUGGGUCUCGGAUCCUCCCGCCAGCGAUAAGGGGGUCAAUCGGCACGAGUCUUCAUCAUCCCCCAGGGAGCUCGUAAUGGGGUCAGCGGCCAGCGGGAGUGCUCAGCCGCAGCAGGAGCAGCAGCAGGAGCAGCAGCAGGAGGAGCAGGAGCAGCAGCAGUCAGGGUGCAGAACUCUACGACUCGCAAAUCGCUGAGACCACCACCACCAUCGCCGCCACCACCACCACCACCGUCAAAACAACCACCACCAAGCACCACUACCACCACCACCAUCCUGGAGCCGUAACGCUGGCGUCCUCCUCGUGAUGCUGGGAGUCGUGGGCAACACUGGACCUCGAGUCCCUGUCGUCCGGGUUCGAGUCCCAGUGCGGGUCGCUGUGGCUUGGCCCACGCUGCCGCUGCUGCCGCCGCUGCUGCUGCCGCUGCUGCUGCUGCUGCUGGGUCUGUGUCUGUGCGGCCCCCGCCGGGCAUUGGCGCAGUACGACGUCUGCAAGAGCACCGUCAGCUGGGACUCGAAGCUGCUGGCGCCCGCCUGGGAGUACUCGGCGUGCCAGCCGCCCACCGCCGACCUGGGCCGCUUCGUGCGCGUCAGCCUCGAGCCGCCCGACAUCACGUGCGGGGACCCGCCAGAGCGCUUCUGCACCCUGGAGAACCCGUACAUGUGCAACAACGAGUGCGACGCCGGCACGGGCGACCUCGCGCACCCCGUGGACCUCAUGUUCGACUACGAGGGCCGCAACCGGCCCACGUACUGGCAGAGCGCGUCGUGGCGGCACCACCCGCGGCCGCUGCAGGCCAACCUCACGCUGUCGUGGAACAAGAGCGUGGAGCUCACCGAGGACGUGGUGGUCACGUUCGAGUACAGCCGCCCCAAGGCCAUGACGCUGGAGAAGUCUCUGGACUACGGGCGCACGUGGCAGCCGUACCAGCACUACGCCGACGACUGCGUCGACGCGUUCGGAAUGGAGGCGCGCAGCAGCCGCGAGCUCGACAAGUCGGCGGUGACCGCGGUCAUCUGCACGGAGGAGUACUCGCGCGCGUACGUGUGGGAGGACGCCAAGACGGUGCGCUUCGAGGUGACGGACCGCUACGCGCUGUACGCGGGCGCCGACAUGCAGAACCUGGCGUCGCUCUACGGACGCCUGGACACCAACCGCGGCCUGCGCGACUUCUUCACGCUCACCGACCUGCGCCUGCGGCUGCUCCACCCGGCGACGGGCGGCACCUCCGUGGACACGGCCAACCUCAGCAAGUACUUCUACGCCAUCUCCAACCUGCGCGUCAGAGGCAGGUGCAAGUGCAACCUGCACGCCAACACGUGCCUCUUCAACGACGGGCGCCUCGCGUGCGACUGCGAGCACAACACCAUGGGCACCGACUGCAGCCGCUGCAAGAAGGGAUUCCGCGGCGGCGCGUGGAGGCCGGGCUCCUACCUGCCCUACCCGUCGGGCACCGCCAACCCGUGCCAAUCGAGUGACACUAAACACUGCGAAUGCCACGGCCACUCGGAGCGCUGCAGUUACAUCAAACUGCUAAACCUUGUCGUGUGCGUGAGCUGCAAGCACAGCACGCGGGGCCAGCACUGUCAGUACUGCCGGCCGGGACACUACCGCAACGCGUCGCUCCCGCUCAGCCACGAGAACGUGUGCAUCGCGUGCGAGUGCAACCCAUUCGGCUCGGCGGGCGAUCGCUGCAACGGCACGGGGCAGUGCGAGUGCAAGGAAGGCACGAGCGGCCUCAAGUGCGGCGAGUGUCUGGCCGGCUACUACUGGAACCGCGGCUGCCAGCAGAACGCGUGCGACGAGGAGCUGCUGCGCUGCCAGAACGGCGGCGAGUGCCGCGACCGGCAGCGCUGCGCGUGCGCGCCCGGCUACUCGGGCGCGCUCUGCGAGGAGCGCAGCAGCAGCUGCCGCGGCGGCGGCGCCGCCGGCUGCGGCUCGGGAACGACGCCGCGCCCGGACCCCCGCGGGCUCCUGCUGUUGCUGCUGCUGGCGGCGCCGCUGCUGCUGCUGGUGCAGUCGACGACCCCGGAGUUGCCGCGCUCCGCUGCUGCCCCUGCGUCGGCCUGAGCGACCAGAGCCACGAGCCAGAGGGCCGCCAGUGAGUGCCGCGCCCACCGUGAGGCUGGGACGCGGUCGCACGGACGAGCGGGGUUCUGAGUCAAGCGGAGGUGCUGAGAAGUCGCCACUUUAGGGCUCCCCAAAUAAGUGCCCCCGUUGCCCAGCGCGGGGGGUUGUACGUGACAAUCUGCCCCCCCUUCCCCACAACAAAUCCAACCCCACCACCCACCCACGCCCCAAAUAUCCACCAGGGAAUCGCGCUCGCAGAGUGUGGCCGGUUCAUAUCAGGGUCCUCGUAAUGGAUUUUCUGUGUUCUCCAGCCUACGACGCAACCAGCGAGCGAGCGAGCGAGCGAGAGGAAAAGAGUGAGAAAUGUGACCUGGAGCAAUGUGGAUCGCAAGGACGGCUGCAUCACGCGGGCGUUAGUUCGGCCGAGUGUUGCGCACGCAGAUGUGGCCCGGAGGAACGUGGGGUGGGGGUGGGGGGUGCCCAGGGAAGACGGUGUCCGGGUUUGAGUUUUUGUUGUUGUGUGCCCGGCGCUGGCCACGGUCGGUGUUCGGUCGAGGAGCCGGCCUGCGAAUGGCUCCGAGACGGCGGUGGGUCACUCAUCAAGGGGGUUGCGUGGGCGCGCGUCGCCUGUCACAACCGCGACAAAACUAUGGCAAAAAUCCCCCCCAACACCUCCAACCGUAGCCUUUAACGCACCGUUGGAGCAGGAGCAGGGCCCUGUUAGCGGGUAGCGCCGAUUGAGGGCGGAGUACGGCACACGGCGGGGGUGGGUGGCCAGCACCGCGUUUUUUGGUUUCUUCCCGAGAGACUGUUCGGGUACGUGGGAGGCCCAGGGCUGGGCCAGCUACUGCCAGGGAUUGAACCUAGGUUGACGGGGUUUGGCGCAGUGCACCGACUGCCAGGGCCACACAAGGGCGGUGGACGGGGGGGGGGCAAGGGGGGUGGGGCAGUUUGCCCCAGGCCUCGAUCCAAAGGGGGCCCCAAAGGAGGUCUAAUCUGACAUUUUUCCUCGGGCCUCCAAAAACCUUUUGGCCGCCCUGUUAACCAAUGCACCACCACUCCCGCGUGCACACAAACACGAAUACAUAGACAAAGAUCCCCCUGGUAGCAUUAUAGACUGUUGGGGAAAGUGCUGUUAGCGAGAAUCUACGAAGGCCGGAGUGGUGCGGCUUAAACCACGCCCGGUCGCUCUUGUCUCCCAAGUGAUGAUGUUUACUCACCGCACCCGGCACUCACUUAAUGCCGAGUUAACCUCACACACUCACACGCACACACAACAACAACAUCCACCAUUCGCCACUAAGUGACGGUGACGUCCUCACGGCGCUUGUGCCAGACUAGGUUCACUUUGAGGUCACGUGAAGCAUGAAAGGCUGGCUGGCAGGAGGUCACGGGACAGACCCAUGUGCUCUGGGUUGACUAAGGUAACUGGCAGAUACACCACUUGUGUUCCCCACUCUGACACCCACCCGCACACACAUGUACGCACAGAUGCAUAUGCAGGUAAAUAUCUCCAAAAUAGCCUACAAAAGCUAUUAGGACAACUAAUGUUGGCAACCUAUGAAGGCCAUGUACACAUAGACAUGCACACACAAAGACAAAGAUCCCCCGUAUAGCCGUGACAGACUGUCGGGGCAAGUGCUCCUAGCGAACACCUAUGAAGGCCGGAACGGUGGGUGGCCAGCACCACGCUCGACCGCCUUUGUCUCCCCAGUGGCGAUGUUUACACACCGCACCAGGUACUUAUUUGAGGUUGAGUCGACCAAGGGGAGGCCCAGGACCGGUUCAGAUAAUCGUCACUGCUGUUGACCAUGAGCGGGAAUCGAACUCGAGUCGCCGGGUUCGUGGUGCAGUGCACUUAACCACGACAACACGGCACACACAAACAUACACACACACAGCAAUUGCACAGCAGCAGGCUGCACGCUCUUGAUAACUCGUGACAGUUACACAGCAAUGCUGUAGCAAUGCUGCACAGAUCAAUCAUGAAGCCAACAUCUUCCUCCCCUUCCCUCCCCCUAACAACUCUUGGACUUUAUCUUCUUUCUCCUUUUUUGUUUUGUAAAACGAUACUAAUUAAAUAUAUUUUGUUACCCCCCACCCCCCUCCCUCCUCCCGCAGCUCCUUUCGAUUAUAAAUCUGCAAAAUGCCAACGCCAAAAAGAACCCCUUGCUGCGGCAAUGUAAAGCCAUCGUUGGAUUCCCGGUUACUUGGAGAGGCGAGCGAUGCGUCCCGUGGGCAAAAGUCAAAGUCGAAGACGUUCGCUUUGUUGAAACCGCACGGAAAAUGAGGGUGACGUCGUCGCUUUAAAGGGGACCCAUCCGGUGUUACCAUCAUCCGCGUUAGAACAUUAUCAUCAUCAGCAACAGCAGCAGGUCCAUGCGCACAUCUCCUUCGUGGAUGGAAAAUAAAACCCAAACAUAUGGGCCGCGUAGUAAACCCAUAGAGACCAAUAGAGAUUCACAGCGACCUAUGGAUACACAUUAGAGGCAAGCCACAGUCGUGUGAUUGUGGGCAAUACGACCCAAACAAUGGGACCGCAUACGAUACCCAUAGGGACGCAGGGAGAUAUUGAGAGACCCACAGGGACACAUAGAGACAGAGACUCGUUGAGAUACAUUAGAGGCAAGCCACAGUAGCUGCGAUUGUGGGCCUACAACCCACACUACUACGGACCACACAGUUAACCCAUCAACGGAGGAGGAAGAGGAACAGUGGACACGAUGCGAGCCCUCUCUCUCUGCUGAAGCCCUCUCGUCAUGGCCAGCAGCAGCAGCAACAGCAGACCUCCUCGGACAUUGGGGAUUCAGCUGUCGACGCACUUUGCUUGCUACCGUCUUGCGCUAUGAAUAGAAGAAAAAAAUGGAAUUACAUCGAUCGGGAGCAGCUGACCGUCGUGGAAUUCGAGCCGCAGGUAAAACGAACGUCCGCGCGCGGGAUCGCGGCAGGCCGCACGGGCACCUGCCAAUUUUUGGCAACUUCACUCGCAAGCACCCUCUCUGUAUCGCCACUCGCAGCUGUAGCGCUGAGCCUACUAACUACCGCCAGCACGGUGCACGAAGGGGCGAGGUUCGGCCAGCGCCGUGCCCUGCCUGCCUGCCGCCGUGUUCUUCUCCCCAGCACUGCUGUUUACACGCCCGCACCGGAUACAUCAUUUGGGGUCGUCUCGGUAUAGCGGAGGGUGGUAAGGGCGGUUAUGAUAUCGCCCGACCACUGAUGCUGGCCGUGGGACAGGAAUCGAACUCGGCUCUGUUGGGUUCGUUGUGCAGCGUGCCAACGACUGCGCCACCAACUCCCCGCGUACACGUUAAACAUAUACAACACACAAAGGAUCCCCCGUAUAGCCUUAACAUACUUUUGGGGCAAGUGCUGUCAGCGAGCACCUAUACAGCAUACGCACACGCACACACACGAACAAGAAAUAGCAGCAAUGUAUUUUGAAUUUAUAAAUAGCAAUUUGAGUCCGUGUUAAGAGUGUGAAGCCGACUCCGAUUUUACGUGUACUCAUCUUAAAUGUUAGUAUGUUUUAUUAUUAUAUUAUUAAUCACAUUUAAUAUCUUUUAUCCCAGUUUUUUGCUUCACGUAGCGAGUUAUUUUAAUCUCGGCCGAGAAAAGACUUUCCAUGGCCCGCGUGCUGUGACCCCGAGGCAACUAAUGGAUGUGCUUGCGUAGCGUCAAAAGUUUUUUUUUGUUACUGAAUAUUUUCAGGGCCACUGGAGUCAGCGGCAAGAAGCUCGUAGCCGCAGCCAUGGCGAGAGAGGCAUUCUGGAUGUGGUGUGCAGGGUGCGGAAAUUAUUUUCCGGCUUGCUGAACUGGAACAGAUUCAGCUCUGGGCUCAACGUUGUUUGUGAUAUGUUCGCAAUUAAACACAAUUCUGGUAAAAUCGCCCGAUUAUGAUGACGCUGGAUGUAAUUACCAGCGAAACGUUCUAAAUGUUGGUAAUGUCGUGGAUUUACUCUCCAACCCACCUUACUAAUUGGCUGCGUCAAAAAAAAACCUUUAUUAUGAAUAGUAAAACUUAACUUGUAUUUUUGACCAACAAUAAUGACAUUCUAUGUUUUUAGCUGUGGGAGAAAGCCGGAAAAUACGGAGGAAUCCCAUGAAGUACAGGGGAUAACAUACAAACUCCACGCCGAUAGGCGCCUGAGACGGGGAUUGAACCCAGGUGCUGGUAACGUUGCCGCUCGAUCAGAAUAAAGGUCUGCUCCCACACCUGCACUUCCAACCUUGAUGUGUAACUGCUGAGCACAGGGCUCAAAGGCGCACAGUUCCAAAGGGCCAGCAGCAAAGAGCAAUAUCGCAGUAAUAAAAACGAGUUUUAAAACAUUUCUUGAAAUUAAUAUUGGCGGCUACCCGGCUGCCCAGCUCCCGAUCAUGCCUCCUCUUCCUGCCUCUUCGGUCGCCUCCCUCCGUCACGUCGUCCCCUUCCCAGUGACGAAUACAAGGUGGGGGGGGGGGGGGCUAUGAUGGCGAUUACCCCCCCCCCCCCCCAUGAGACUCCGACAAUCGGUAUGCCAUUGCUAUUCACCAGAGAGGAAUACAUUGAAAAUAACGUGGUUCCCUAUUUAAAAAUCAUGAAAUUUCGGAAUCGCUCCCGUACCACCACCUCCCCACCCUGGGAAGUGUCCAGACCCGCCUGUGUGCCCCCCCCCCCCCCCCAAUCCUCUUGAUUUCACAGCGCAGAUCUCAAUUUCGCCACAUCGUCGAGUCAUCGCGGCGCGACCCCGCGGCGCGUGUGAAGUUUAUUGUGACAGACGAGAUGAAUGGACGCGAUUGCGCGCGGGUCUGAAGUUGGUGUGGUGGGGGCGGGUUGGUGGUGAGGAGGUCGCCGUGGCUUCUGAUUCGCGGGUGACCCCGGCGAGACGCACUUCUCUUUGGUUACCUGUGAAAGACUUUGCCGUGGGGUUGUCCUUUCUCAGCAGAGCGAGGGC